UUGGCUGUCUCACGCUUCAUGAGCGCAUUGCUUGCCCAGCGCCGAGGUUGUUGGUUGUCACCAAUGCAGAUCCGUUAUACGAGAUAUGACGUUGCUUGGUGGCCCGCAAACAAGAUUCAGGAUUCAGCGCCGCAAUCUACGAGCAUCAGCAAGCAACCCAGAAACCAAGCACGACUUCUCCCUCCUCGAAGCGCAAACUCAACGAGCAAACAUGAUCACGGAUAACACGGCAUGUUCAACAGCUCCAGAGGUUGGAUUAAGCUCAUUAGUUUAUCAAGACCCGCCGUCCAAAAACCAAGAUGGAGGGACUUGAUAUCUGGACCCUGCAUCUUAAUACAUCUUCAACCACAUCUCCCAAAUAUCGUCCAUUUUUCGCAAAAACUCAGAGAAUAAAUGCCGUGAGACAGGGGGAAUGUAGCUGUAGCUGUGCCUUCCCCCCUGUGAUAUCACACCUGCCGCGUCUGAAUGUUGUUGCGGACUGCUGAUCCCUUACGUCACUGCGAUCGGUAGGAUCCUGUGUCGAUACCCACCCAUCACCGCUGCAGCAUGGGCAUGAAUCACACAUAUAAAGAUCACUGAUUACUCGACCCCAUUACUCUCUCUCCAAAUCAAGUUUUGAUCUUUGAUAUUCUGCAAUUCACCUUGCACCUUUGCAGCCCUCCCCCAAAUUACAUCUACAUACAUAGUCAAUACCCUUGACCUCUCAAUCCCAACCCAACGAAGCAACCAUGCCAUUUUUCACCAACAAGGAGACCUCCGUCUCACCGCCUCCCUCAACUACCACAACAUCUCCAACACGCUCCCGCACCCUCUUCUCCCGCCGUCGCUCCUCCUCUCCCUCCCUCCACUCAUCAACCACCACAACCACAACCACCCCCCACAAGCGCCACUCUCUGCUCUCCAAAUCCGGCUUUGGCGGCAGGGAAGAUGCAUCUAUCGUAGCAGCACGCGAGCGCGUGUUGACCGCUGAAGCGGCAGAGCGCGAAGCCGAUCGCGCACUGUUCGCAGCAAAGGCCGCGGUUAGAGAGGCGAGGGACCAUGUUCGACGGUUGGAGCUGGAGGCUGCGGAGGAAGCAAAGAGAGCGAAGCUUAAGCAGAGCCAGGCUAAGGCUAUUGGAAAGAGAGGGAAGGCUCUUGGUCGUAAGUGUUAA